AUGUCGACCCGCCAAUCUGCCUUGGUAACAGGCGCCAGCAGGGGAGGCCUCGGUGACGCCCUUGCACAAGAACUACAUGCAAGAGGGUUUAGAGUCUUCGCCACAGCCCGGACACUGUCCAAAGUCCAGCACCUGAAAGAUCUUGGGAUGGAGGUUGUCAAGAUGGACGUUGCAGACUCGACGUCGAUUAGAAAUGCUGCUGCACAAGUCGCAUCUCUCGCUGGAAACAGGCUAGACAUCCUCAUCAAUAAUGCCGGAACUGGGUACCAAUCUACGCUGUUAGAUGCUGACAUUGAAACUGCGAGGCAGUUGUUCAAUGUCAAUGUAUUUGGUGUGCUGGACGUCACCCAGGCGUUUGGCCCGCUGUUGAUUGCAUCCAAGGGCAUCAUUGUGAAUGCUGGCUCCGUCUUGGGCACGGUUCCAAUGCCAUUCUGUGGUGUUUACAACGCUAGCAAAGCGGCUCUGGAUUCCUUGUCAAAACAGAUGCGAAUCGAGCUCGCUCCCUUUGACAUUCGCGUUAUACACGUAUGGCACCGCCGCACCUGUGAUUCCGUCCGCCAUUUUCUUUUGUCUGCCCUUUUUUUUGCGUUUCCUUUUUUCCCCUGUCCUGGCAAGCGUGUAGGCUGA